AUGUCCAGGCCGAGCAGCGUCUCCCCGCGGUCCCCGGCCCCGGGCGGCGGCGGCGGCGGCGGCGGCGUCGUCGUCGUCUCCUCCCAGUGCGGCUCCGGCUCCGGCGGCGGCGGCCGGGCUAAGGGGCUGAAGGACAUCCGCAUUGACGAGGAGGUGAAGAUCGCCGUCAACAUCGCCCUGGAGCGGUUUCGUUACGGGGACCAGAGGGAAAUGGAAUUUCCUUCUUCUUUAACCAGUACUGAAAGAGCUUUUAUUCAUCGAUUGAGUCAGUCUCUUGGUUUGGUCUCUAAAAGCAAAGGAAAGGGAGCAAAUAGAUACCUAACUGUGAAGAAGAAGGAUGGAUCAGAAACAGCAUAUGCAAUGAUGACCUGUAGUUUGACUCAUAAUACAAAACAUGCUGUUAGGAGUCUAAUUCAAAGAUUCCCAGUCACAAAUAAAGAGCGUACUGAACUUCUGCCUAAAACAGAACGGGGAAAUGUGUUUGCAGUUGAAGCUGAAAACCGAGAAAUGAGUAAGACAAGUGGACGGCUGAACAAUGGUAUACCUCAGAUUCCAGUGAAAAGGGGAGAAUCAGAAUUUGAUUCUUUUAGGCAGUCUUUACCAGUGUUUGAAAAACAAGAAGAAAUUGUCAAAAUAAUUAAAGAUAAUAAGGUGGUUUUAAUUGUUGGAGAAACUGGAUCAGGAAAGACCACACAGAUUCCUCAGUUCCUUUUAGAUGACUGCUUCAAAAAUGGAAUUCCCUGCCGUAUAUUUUGUACUCAACCCAGACGUUUAGCUGCUAUUGCUGUGGCUGAAAGAGUUGCAGCAGAAAGAAGAGAGAAGAUUGGCCAGACAAUUGGCUAUCAGAUACGAUUAGAAAGCAGAGUUUCUCCAAAGACUCUUCUGACAUUUUGCACUAAUGGAGUAUUACUUCGCACAUUGAUGGCAGGAGAUAGCACACUAUCAACUGUGACACAUGUUAUUGUGGAUGAAGUGCAUGAAAGGGAUCGAUUUAGUGAUUUUUUACUGACAAAGUUAAGAGACUUGUUACAGAAGCAUCCAACUUUGAAACUGAUUCUUUCUAGUGCUGCAUUGGAUGUGAAUCUCUUUAUAAGAUAUUUUGGAAGUUGCCCAGUGAUAUAUAUACAGGGAAGACCAUUUGAAGUAAAAGAGAUGUUUCUGGAAGACAUUUUAAGAAGCACAGGAUACACAAACAAAGAAAUGUUAAAAUACAAAAAGGAAAAACAGCGAGAAGAGAAACAGCAAACUACUCUUACUGAAUGGUACUCUGCUCAAGAGAAUAGCAUCAAACCUGAGUCUCAGAGGCAAAGAACUGUUCCAAAUGUUACUGAAGAAUAUGAUUUAUUGGAUGAUGGGGGUGAUGCUGUAUUUAGUCAAUUGACUGAAAAAGAUGUGAAUUGCCUGGAACCGUGGCUAAUAAAAGAAAUGGAUGCUUGUCUUUCUGACAUAUGGCUUCAUAAAGAUGUUGAUGCGUUUGCUCAGGUGUUUCACCUUAUUUUAACUGAAAAUGUUAGCGUGGAUUACAGACACAGCGAAACCAGUGCAACAGCACUAAUGGUUGCUGCAGGAAGAGGUUUUUUGAGUCAAGUAGAACAGUUAAUUAGUAUGGGAGCCAAUGUCCAUAGCAAAGCAUCAAAUGGCUGGAUGGCUUUAGAUUGGGCUAAACACUUUGGACAGACUGAGAUUGUAGACCUUCUGGAGUCUUACAGUGCUUCGUUAGAGUUUGGAAAUCUAGAUGAAAGUUCCUUAGUCCAAGCAAAUGGAAGUGAUCUCAGUGCAGAAGACAGAGAAUUAUUGAAAGCAUAUCAUCACAGCUUUGAUGAUGAAAAAGUGGACUUGGAUUUGAUCAUGCACCUUCUCUAUAACAUCUGCCAUAGCUGUGAUGCUGGAGCAAUCUUAAUUUUCCUGCCUGGAUAUGAUGAAAUUGUUGGACUGAGGGAUCGCAUUCUGUUUGAUGACAAGCGUUUUGCAGAUAAUGCACAUAGGUAUCAAGUCUUUAUGCUUCAUUCAAACAUGCAAACAUCUGAUCAAAAAAAGGUACUAAAAAAUCCACCCUUGGGUAUUCGGAAAAUAAUCCUUUCUACCAAUAUUGCAGAAACCAGCAUUACAGUCAAUGAUGUUGUCUUUGUUAUUGAUUCUGGCAAGGUGAAAGAGAAAUCCUUUGAUGCCCUGAAUUACGUUACGAUGCUAAAAAUGGUGUGGAUUUCAAAAGCCAGUGCUAUCCAAAGAAAAGGCAGAGCGGGGCGAUGUAAGCCUGGAAUCUGUUUUCGUCUAUUCAGCAGACUUCGAUUUCAGAAUAUGUUGGAAUUUCAGACACCAGAACUUCUGAGAAUGCCACUGCAGGAGCUUUGUUUACAUACCAAACUAUUAGCACCUAUUAACUGUCCCAUUGCUGACUUUCUUAUGAAAGCCCCAGAACCUCCACCAGCUUUGAUUGUUAGAAAUGCUGUUCAAAUGCUCAAGACCAUAGAUGCCAUGGAUAUCUGGGAAGAUCUGACUGAGCUUGGAUAUCAUUUAGCUGACUUGCCAGUAGAACCUCACCUUGGUAAAAUGGUCUUGUGUGCUGUCGUUUUGAAGUGUCUGGACCCUAUCCUUACCAUUGCCUGUACUCUAGCAUAUAGAGAUCCUUUUGUGCUACCCACACAAGCUUCUCAAAAGCGUGCAGCCAUGCUGUGUAGGAAACGUUUUACUGCAGGCACCUUUAGCGACCAUAUGGCACUUCUGAGAGCUUUUCAGGCAUGGCAGAAAGCACGAAGUGAUGGCUGGGAACGAGCUUUUUGUGAAAAGAAUUUUCUCUCACAAGCUACCAUGGAAAUCAUCAUAGGCAUGAGAACUCAGUUGCUGGGUCAGCUUAGAGCGUCAGGUUUUGUUAGAGCACGAGGUGGUGGUGACAUUCGGGAUGUUAACACAAACUCUGAGAAUUGGGCUGUGGUUAAAGCUGCAUUGGUGGCAGGCAUGUAUCCUAAUUUAGUUCAUGUGGACAGAGAGAAUGUAGUAUUGACAGGACCAAAGGAGAAAAAAGUACGGUUUCAUCCAACUUCUGUUCUCAGUCAACCUCAAUAUAAAAAGAUUCCUCCAGCCAAUGGCCAAGCAGCAGCUCUUCAAGCACUCCCCACAGAUUGGCUUAUAUAUGACGAAAUGACCAGAGCACACAGAAUAGCCAAUAUCCGAUGUUGUUCAGCUGUGACACCUGUCACUGUUUCAGUAUUUUGUGGACCAGCUAGAUUGGCAAGUAAUGCUCUUCAGGAACCUUCAUCUUUUAGAGUGGAUGGUGUUCCUAAUGACAGCAGUGACAGUGAAAUGGAAGAUAGAACCACUGCUAAUUUGGCUGCAUUGAAACUGGAUGAAUGGCUAAAUUUCAAAAUGGAUCCAGAGGCUGCCAGCUUAUUGCUCCAACUCAGACAGAAAUGGCAUAGCUUAUUUUUGCGUCGUAUGAGAGCUCCUUCUAAGCCUUGGUCUCAAGUUGAUGAAGCAACCAUAAGAGCAAUUAUAUCUGUUUUAAGCACAGAAGAACAGUCUGCAGGACUGCAGCAACCAUCAGGUAUUGGCCAGCGACCAAGACCAAUGUCUUCAGAGGAACUUCCUUUGGCAUCUUCUUGGAGGUCAAAUAAUAGCAGGAAAAGUUCAGCAGAUACUGAAUUCUCUGAUGAUUCCUCUAAUGCAGAAAGAGUCUUGAUGAAGUCUCCAUCUCCAGCAUUCCACCCACCCCAAAAAUACAAAGAUAGAGGUAUUUUACAUCCUAAACGAAGUUCUGAUGAUCGAUCUGACCAGUCUUCUGUGAAAUCUACAGAUAGUAGUAGUUACCCUAGUCCUUGUGCUAGUCCUUCUCCUCCAUCCUCAGGAAAGGGCUCAAAAUCCCCUUCACCAAGACCAAAUAUGCCAGUUCGAUACUUCAUAAUGAAGAGUAGCAAUCUGAGAAAUCUUGAGAUUUCUCAACAGAAGGGAAUAUGGUCUACAACCCCUAGCAAUGAACGGAAAUUAAAUAGAGCCUUUUGGGAGAGCAGCGUGGUUUAUUUGGUGUUUUCUGUUCAAGGAUCUGGACAUUUCCAGGGAUUUUCUAGGAUGUCUUCAGAGAUAGGACGGGAAAAGAGUCAGGACUGGGGUUCAGCAGGUCUGGGAGGAGUGUUCAAGGUGGAAUGGAUACGGAAAGAAAGUCUUCCUUUUCAGUUUGCACAUCACUUACUUAAUCCUUGGAAUGACAAUAAGAAAGUACAAAUAAGCAGAGAUGGACAGGAAUUGGAGCCCCAGGUUGGAGAACAACUUUUACAAUUAUGGGAACAUAUUCCUUUAGGAGAGAAAAAUGCAACUGAUUGACAUUUAGCUUAUGGUAGCAUACUUUGAGGUAUUGUUGAAGUUUUCUAAAUACUGACUAUUUUAUGUUGAUAAAGGACUUAAGCUAAAUAUUUUAAGCCACUUUAAAAAGGUCUUUAGAUGCGAUGUCACGUCUGUUUAUGACCACUGGAUGCACUGACUUGCAGAAACUAAAGGUGGAGGUAAUGACUUAUGACUGGGCCCUUGUAAUUCAUGAUCUUGCUCUAGAAUCACCAUCUUACAAAAUAAAAAAGGAUAAUUUUAAUGUUUGAAGAUCAUAGUGAAUGAUAAUACAGUGUAUGUUGGCAGUUUUUUUAAUUGAAUAAAACUGGAAUAAAUUUGUUUCUUCAUUUGA